AUGCUACGGAGUGAGUUAGAGUGGGCGGCGAGGAAUAUACAGCUGUUCGCAGUGACGGGCAACGUAGUGGACGAGCAGAAGACCUCUCUGAGCACCAUGCAGGGGACGACGGGCCCAACAGCUGAAUCCCUCGUCUACAAGGCCACGUGUGCCCACGGCGGGCAUCGAGAGCUGUCAGCGCUAACCCAGGAACUAUCAGGGCAGCUCCCGUCGGGCGAGCUAGACCGGGUGCUGGGGGAUAAACAGCUGUUCACUGUGACGUGCGGAGCGGACGGACAGAAGACGGCGGUGGCCAAGACGUCGGUGAGGCUGUGCAGGGCGCGGGAGUGCGGCAACGACUGCUGUAACGUACACCUGUGCAAAUUCUACCUGCUGGGCGAGGACUGCCCGCAUAAUCGCGGAAGGCGCGUGUGCCGCUUCAGUCACGACCUGUACUCGGACCACAACAGCCGGUUGCUACGGCAACACCACUUGCAGGACCUGCAGAGGGAGGAGCUUUGCACUCUGCUCCUGCAGAAUGACGGAACUCUGCUGCCACAGGUGUGUUUCACGUACAACAGAGGAUCCGGUGAGUUUGGCUUCUGCCCUGACAAAGAUGGCUGCCGCCGGCUGCACGUGUGCGAGAACUACCUGAGGGGCACCUGCCACACGGGAGACUGUGACAGGUCACAUGACUUCUUUGAGCCUCACCCAAUGAGAGCGCUGCAAGGGCGGGGCCUGUCCAGCGGAAUGGUGGCGUCCCUGCUGCCAGUGUUCCGGAAUAUCCUGGCCAUGCGGGAUUCAACCAAUCAGGGUGCUCACGGCAAACCAAGAGAGCCCGAGAUAUGCCUGUAUCAUAUCAAGAGCUUCUGCAAGCAAGGAAACAGGUGUGUGAAGGUGCAUUUCCACCUGCCGUACCGCUGGGAGUUCAAGGAUGGUCAGGGCUGGUCUAUGCUCACAGACAGCGAGGUCAUAGAGCGAGACUACUGCCACCCCUCCAAGGCAUAUAUUGGGGGGAGCCAUCCGGUGCACUUUGACACCAUGACACGAAACUCCGCCGAGGUGCGACGCGUCUCCACGGUCUCCGCGGCAACGCAUCCCAACUUCCUGCUCACCACCAGGUGGCUGUGGUACUGGGAGGACGAGUUCGGACACUGGACGCAGUACGCAACAUCAGAGGGAGGGCAGCAGUCCUCUUCCAUCACCUGUGAGGAGCUGGAGAAGAGAUACAUGGAGGACAACAGCUCUACUGUAGAGUUCACCGCAGGAAAACACACCUACCAACUCAGCAUGCAAGACAUGAUUCAAAGCAACAAGCUCUUUGGCACCAAGAGACUGGUGAGUAGAAGACCUGUAUUCGUUUCAGCCGCAGAUGUCCAAAGGAUCAAAACCAGAGGUUUGCCUCGCCACUGGGAUAAGCAGGACAUGCCAGAAACGGGCUUUAAGAGGGUGAAGCUGGACUUCAGCUCUCAGGAGUACACAGCUAUAGUGGAUCUCUUCAGCAAGACCAUGUCCGGCUACCUGGUGACCAGCAUUGAGAGGGUACAGAACAGAGCACUCUGGGACGUCUUUCAGUGGCAAUCUGAUCAGAUGAGGAAAACCAACUCUGGCAGCACAAAUGAAAAGAUCCUCUUUCAUGGCACAGAUGCCAAGCACAUAGACGCCAUCUGCCAACAGAACUUUGACUGGCGCCUCUGUGGUACUCACGGCACCGCAUACGGCAAAGGAAGUUACUUCGCCCGAGAUGCCGAGUACUCUCACAAGUACACGAGUCCAUCAGCACCACGCUGCAUAUUUGCGUGUAGGGUCUUACUAGGACGGUCUACCAGAGGCAGGUCCUGUUACGUCCGCCCUCCACCCAGGGAAGACGACCCCAGCCUGCUCUACGACAGCUGUGUGAAUAGCAUGUCCAACCCGUCCAUAUUCGUGGUGUUCGAGAAACCCCAGGUGUAUCCGGAGUACCUGAUUCAGUACAGGGAGAAAGCUGACCCGGCAGCAGCCAUCUUGGAAUUGGAAAAUAAGGUGCAACCCACUUCCACCUCCUCCUACCAGAUACAACCCUCCUCCACCCCUUCCUGCAUCCACCAAGCACAACCCACCUCCACCUCCUCCUCCAUCCAGCAGACACAACCCUCUUCCUCCUCCUCCUUCACCCACCAGAUGCAACUCACCUCCGCCUCCACCUACCAGCCACCACCCUCCUCCUCCUCCUCCUCCACCAUCCACAUUGAAGAACCCAGCUCCACCUCCUCCUCUAAGUUCUCUAAUAUCGUCUGCUCUUCCCAGGGAAUACUAAUCAAGUACCUUCAGCUGCUGUGGCAGCCAGGAAUGGGAGAGCAUCGACGUCCUCUCCUGCAGCUGAGAGCUCAGUGGAGCUACUUCGCCAGAGAUGCCUCGUACGCGCAUCGAUACACCACACCAGAGGGGGGCGCUGUAGCCGACGGUGUGGCUGGCACCAGGGCCGUGUUUGUGUGCCGCGUGCUGGCGGGAGAGUUCACCCGGGGUCACCCGUCCUUCGUGCGCCCGCCGGCCAGGGCAGACCAAGAGGAUGGCCAAGGGGAAGGCCGAGCACCUGGCACCCACCUGUUCGACACCUGUGUGGACGACGUCUCCAGCCCCUCCAUCUUCGUGGUGUUCGAGAGACACCAGGUGUACCCAGAGUACCUGCUGAGGUACCAGGAGCGGGGCGGCGGUGAAGGCGACUUGUUCCCGAGCAGCCGCAACCGCCCCAGGACUUCAUCCCUCUCCUCAUCCUCCUCGUCCUACUCCCGCUUCAGCGCUGCGCUGUCGCUGCCCAGGCAACCAGCCGCCAUUGUGACCUCACAUCCGGCCCGUUACCAUAGAGACAGGUCUGUCGACAAGAGGACGCAGGUGUCAAGCUCUGCGGGUCUCACGCGAGCCUGCGGCGGCUUCGGGUCGCUGACCUCUGUGAGUAACCUGGCCCAGGUGAGCAGCACGUCACCUGUAGUGCGCACGCUGGACGGACGUCUGACCAUGCGAAAGAUGGUCGUCGGACCGUCGCCCCAGAACCGACAGGGCCAAGGCUUCCAGAGGCCUGUAGGCAGCGGGGUGAUGUGUGAGGACAUUCAUUCAUUCAUUCAAGUUCAUAACACCUCACCUGUAGUGCGCACGCUGGACCGACGUCUGACCAAGGUAGAGAUGUCUCUGCCCCGAGCCGGACCGUCGCCCCUGGACCGACAGGGCCAAGGCUUCCAGAGGCCUGUAGGCAGCGGGGUACGACUGAGGCUCCCACAGGGCCAGGCCAUGGCCAGAGCCAAGACCAUAGGGAACCUGAAUAACACAUGGCUCUAUAAUAUUUAA